UUCGGUGAAAGACCGAAUAUUUGGGUUUAUUUUUAUACAUUAAUAUUUCGGUUUUACAUCAAGCGAUCAUGUGAAUUUUGACAUUUUCCAAUUUCGGUCUUUUACAGUAACAUAUAUGAAUAAGAAAAUGAAAGCAAACCAAACAAUAAGUACGAUUUAGUUUUCUUUUUAUUUCUCUCUCUUUCUUUCUUUUAUUUUUUAUUUUUUUGCAUAUCGUUUUCGCUGCACAAUUUACGAUUCCAGGUGCGUUGUAAAAAGAAAUAUAUAGCCAAUUGUGUGUUGCAUAUAUACAUUUUUUUUUUAAACUUACUCAUUUAUCGUAACAAAUACGUAAGAAUAUAUGAAAACGUCACUUUGAAAAUUGUUCGCGACACGUGCAUAAAUGCUAUUGUUAUUUUAAUACAGGUGUAGUGAAUAUUUAAGAUAAACAAGAGCAAAAUGUCACACAAAAGGAUUUCUAUGGAUACUAGUGUCCUUGAAAAAUUGAUUACAACGAGUUCUGAUGAGGAUACAAUGGAAGUAAAAAAUACGAGCGCAGAUACAACGAAAAGUGAAGGAUACGGAGAUGUCAAAUACAAAAAUGAUAUCAAAGAAUCAUCGUGGAAAUUUUGGAAGAAGAGAAGAUACGUUGUGGCAAUUUUAGCAUUUUUAGGAUUUUUCACUUCAUAUAUACUUCGUGUUAAUUUAAGUGUAGCCAUAGUUGCGAUGACCGAAGAUAAAAUCGAUGAGAAUGGAAAUAUUUAUCGGAAAAGAGAAUUUGAUUGGGAUUCGAAAACGAAAGGACUUGUUUUGAGUUCAUUUUUUUAUGGAUAUAUAAGUACCCAAUUAUUUGGUGGAUGGUUGGGUGCCAGAAUUGGAGGUAAAAGAGUGUUUGGAAUUGGUAUUGCAGCAACAGCAUUUUUUACGAUUAUUACACCUCCUCUUGUCAGAAUAAGUGUAUAUAUUCUAGUUGCUUUACGUAUUGUUGAAGGAAUUUGUGAGGGUGUUACAUACCCCUGUAUACAUGCAAUUUGGGCUCAUUGGGCACCCCCAUUAGAAAGAUCAAAAUUAGCAACCCUUGCAUUCUCUGGUAGUUUCUUAGGAACCGUUUUUGCUAUGCCUAUUUCUGGGAUAAUGGCUGAACAUUUCGGUUGGCCUUCAGUUUUUUAUGUAUUUGGUGUAGUAGGAAUUAUUUGGUUCAUUGCAUGGUGGAUCUUUGUCAAAGAUCAUCCUGAAGAUGAUCCUCGUAUAUCUGAAGCCGAACUGCAAUAUAUUCAAAGUAGUAUCGGUGUAACUACGAACAAAAUAAAAAUAAAACAUCCAUGGAAAGCUAUGUUGACUUCUCCACCUGUUUGGGCUAUUGUUGCUGCUCACUUCAGUGAAAAUUGGGGAUUUUAUACCAUGUUGACACAAUUACCAACAUUUAUGAAAGACGUGCUCAAAUCUGAAUUGGAAGCAACUGGUUUUAUGUCUGCUCUUCCAUAUUUGGCGAUGACCUUAGUUGUUCAGUUUUCCGGUCAACUGGCUGAUUAUUUAAGAACAAAGAAAAUCUUAACGACCACUCAGGUUCGUAAACUAUUUAAUUGCGGUGCAUUUAUCUUUCAAACGAUCUUCAUGACCAGCGCCGCUUUUGUCUCGACUAAAGUCACAGUUGUUAUCUGUAUUACCAUAGCGGUUGGCCUUGGUGGCUUUGCUUGGUCUGGUUUUGGUGUCAAUCAUUUGGAUAUUGCACCAAAACAUGCCAGUGUUUUAAUGGGAAUAGGUAAUACAAUAGCAACUUUACCAGGAGUCGUAAGUCCCAUUAUAACGGGAUAUGUUGUUCAAAACAAGAGUGCAACAGAAUGGAGAACGGUAUUUAUUAUCGCUGGUACAGUUUAUCUCUUAGGUGCUGUAAUUUACGGUAUUUUUGCAUCCGGAGAGAAACAAAGCUGGGCUGACGAUACUUUGAAAAAGCAAAGCGUAAAAAAAGUUUACGAUAAUCCAGGAUUAGAAAUAGAUAGUUUAUAAUUAAUAAAGAUUUUAAUUGUGUAAAAAAUGAAUAUAAAUUAUUAUUAACACUAGGUUUAUUGAAAUUUCUUAUAUACCUGUCUAUCAACACAUGUGAAAUUGAUGCGUGAAGGAAAUCACAUAUUUUCUUUAAAAAAUAACUUAUAUUUCCAUUAACUUCAAUAUUAAAAGGCUAAGAAAAAAAUGAAUUUAUCUCAUUAAUUAAAUGAAUAAGAGUCACUACAUAUGAACAUAUGUAAAAUAAUAAAAGACAGGAAAGUAAACGGUUUUUGUAAUUUUCAUUGUGAAAUUUGAAAUGCGUCAAAAUGGCUUGUCUGUAUGUAAACCUAGUUUUAAUAAUGAUCGAAAUAAUCACACAUAAUAGAAUUAUAUGUUAAACAUAUUGACGAUGUUGUAUCAAUUAAAAUUAUAUAUUUGUA